AUGAAUUCACUUGAAGAAUUCAACUCGUCAAACAAUACUCAAACAAAAAAUAUCAUCAACUUCACCACAUCAACAUCAUCAGAAGACAAAAACAUUACAAACUUCACAUCUUCAUCUUCUUCCUCCUCAGCACCACAGCCAGCAAAUACCUUAAGUCGCUAUGAGAAUCAGAAAAGAAGAGACUGGAACACUUUUGGACAAUACCUAAGAAACCAUAGACCACCGCUUUCACUCUCACGUUGCAGUGGAGCACAUGUUCUUGAGUUCCUAAGAUAUUUAGAUCAGUUUGGGAAAACUAAGGUUCACUCACAGAUUUGUCCGUUUUUUGGUCAUCCAAAUCCACCUGCACCUUGUCCUUGUCCUCUUCGACAAGCUUGGGGAAGCCUUGAUGCACUGAUUGGAAGAUUGAGAGCUGCUUUUGAAGAAAACGGUGGAAAACCUGAAGAUAACCCUUUUGGUGCUCGUGCUGUUAGACUUUUUCUUCGUGAAGUUAGGGAUUCACAAUCUAAAGCUAGAGGUAUUAGCUAUGAGAAAAAGAAGCGCAAACGCCCUCAACAACAGCAACAGCAACAACUACCACCACCAUCAAAUAAUGCAACUUAG